AUGUAUGAACUGGCGAAAGAAACUAAGGGCGCGAUGUAUCUAUCAGAACAUCGAUAUUACGGUAAGAGCAUACCGUUUGACGAUUUGAGUACAGAGAACCUAAAAUACUUAAGUUCGAAGCAAGCACUAGCUGAUGUAGCAAAGCUGAUAGAGGAAAUAAAACUGUUACCUCAGUUUAAAUCGUCAAAAGUUGUCGUAGUGGGAGGAUCAUACGCAGGCAAUUUAGCGACUUGGAUGGAAUUGCUCUAUCCUCAAUUAAUAGAUGCCGCCAUUGCUAGUAGUGCUCCAGUUGUUGCAAAGAAAGAUUUCUACGAAUACUUAGAGAACGUUAGCGAGGAUUUUGAACAACAUGGUACUCCAAAUUGUCUCGAUAAAAUUGCGGAAAUAUUCAAAAGCAGCCUUUACGGUCCUACGUUUAAUGAACAAAGGAUUGAGGAAGGAGUCAAAAAUACUAACGAAUUAUUUGGAGGUCUAAAGCCAAAUGUUUCUAAUGUAGUGUUUGUGAAUGGUGAACUAGACCCUUACCAUAAACUUGGAGUUUUAGAAGACGUUUCUUAUGAUGCUCCGGCAAAGUGA